CUGGCUCUGUGGUGCUUUGCUGCAGAGCUGUCUGGAUUGUGUUACCCUAUCCAGGAUAAGUCUUUAUAUCCACAUGUGUUGUGUUGAAUUGAUUCCGUUUUCUUUCAUUUUCCUGUCCUCAUUUCCUGACAUGUGAAUGUAUCUCAGAUCUAGAAGUCAGGAUGGUGGGAAUCUUAGAUUCCAACUUGGUUUUGAGUGACCUGUUAGACAAAAGUGUUGAACUUCUGUUUCUUAAAGAAGCUGAAUGUUCAUUUAUGUCUCGCAUAACAGUCUGUCCUGUCCAGAGACCCAGUAUUCCUAACAAUAUUCUCAUCAUCAUGGUUGAAGCUGGGUCACUGCCAUGUCUAUACUCCACCUUGAAGAAGAAGCAUGGAGAGCCAGCAGCUUCAUUUCUAAGGACAGGAAGCCAAAUCUGCACUUUUCAUUUCCACUCAUACCCCAUAUUCCACGUAUCAGCUCCACAAGUAGGUUUUUACCUGCUCAUAGCUAUGCCUAACUACAGGGAGUGCUGGGGAAGUGUGGUCUUUUGUUGGUGGCUCACUGGGAGAGUGGGUGUGUCCACUGCCUCCCAGCCUCGUGAGCAGCUCACCAAGAGCAAGAGACUGGUGUCUGUGGCUGUCAGGCAGGGCCUUUUUUAAAGAGCUGGUGCAUGCCUGGGCUCAUUAGAGGCUUCUGGAGUGAGAGGUGGCACCCCAGCCUGGUCCAUGGAGGCAUUUUCAGGCGUCAGCACUGCUGUGCCUCUUGGAGGAGGUGGGACUUGAACUGGACCCACAGGAUGCUGGGAAUUUCGAUGAGCAAAAAGGAAGAAAGACCAGUGGAGCCACAUUACAGAGGGCCUCAGAGUCCAGAUAAAGCAUUAACAUGGAGUGGCUCCAAGAGGAAAGCCUGUCUGUGCACCACGUAUCCAGGAUGUUUGUGGGAAGGAAGGCGAUGUGCAGAAAGGACCCAGGAGGCCUGCAGGAGGUAAGGGCUGCCACAGACCCUCUCUGGAAGUUUACAGGAGAUGAGUGUGAGUCAUUAGAGUGUAAGCUCCUCAGUUCUAUAGGAACUAAGGAACUCCCAAGAGGGAGUAAACUCAAAACUCACUAGUCUCAAGAGAAGCUUGGAUAAAUUAGGCAAACACAGAAUCUGAGGAAUUUCUGAUGAGGGGUGUCAAAUCUGGGGAGCAGCUCCUGGCUCCUUGCAAGCUACCCUUCAGUGCUCUGUGUGACCAAGUUCAAGUCAACGCAGGAGGACAGGCACUGGGGUCAGCAAGCCACUCAGUGAAUGGGCAGGUGAGGCUAUUCACAGGCGCCUGUGUGCCUCCCAGCAGGCUGCCUCCUAUUGCCAGGGCUGGCCUUGAGCAGGGUGUGCCAGCAUGGCCUGGGUGGUUUUCUGCGGGAGUCCAUGCUGAUUUGGCCAAUGGAUAGGCCAUUGUUUUAAACAUCACCUGGGUGCAAAACCAGUGUCUCCAAGUAGCAAUGGCAGCUGUUUGCUCCCCAUCUCCCUCAGGCUGUAGAUGUGUCUCUCAUCCCUUUAUGCCUCCUUCUUCACACCUCUCUUUUUACUCAGGGCUUGCAUGUUUACAAAAGAGGUGAAGCCAACAGAAACUAGUAUAAGCCAAAAGGAAAAUGUGCUGAGGCUCACACAGCACAGUUGUGUAGGAAGGGCAGGAGUGACCACUUCAGUGCCCUCCCAACAGCUAGUCAGUUGUGACCCAAGGGGCUUUGGAUAGGGGUGAGUGUUUCUCACAGCGGAAAAGUGAGAAACACCCACCACACACCCAGAGCCCUACAUCCUACCACACUCAGACCUCACUUCAUCUGGGCAGGUCCUUAAAGGGUGAGGGUUCAUCUGGGUUGCAGUUUCCUUCAUAAGCUCCCCUGUCCCAAAUACCCAAGUCUCUUUCAUUAAAAAUAUAGGCCAAUCGUGGUGGCUCACACCUGUAAUCCCAGCACUUUGAGAGGCUGAGGCGGAUGGAUCAUGAGGUCAGGAGAUCGAGACCAUCCUGGCUAACACUGUGUCUAUUAAACCUGUCUCUACUAAAAAUACAAAAAGUUAAGCCAGGCGUGGUGGCGCACACCUGUAGUCCCAGCUACUCAGGAGGCUGUGGCAGGAGACUCGCUUAAACCAGGGAGGCAGAGGUUUCAGUGAGCCAAGAUUGUGCCACUGCACUUCAGCCUGGGCGACAGAAUGAGACUCCAUCUCAAAAAAAAAAAAAAAAAUUAAGAAUAGGCCAGGUACAGUGGCUCACACCUGUAAUCUCAUACUUUGGGAGGCCAAGAGGGGUGGAUCACUUGAGCCUAGGAGUUCAAGACCAACGUGGCAAGACCCUGUCGCUACAAAAAAUACAAAAAUCAGCCAGCCAUGGUGGCACACACCUGUAGUCCCAGCUAUUUGGGAGGCUGAGGUGGAAGGAUCACCUGAGCCCAUGAGGCAGAGGCUACAGUGAACCGUGAUCAUUCGUCUGCACUCCAGCCUAGGUAAAAGAGUGAGACCCUGUCUCAGAAAACUAAAUAAGCCAAAUGUGGUGGCUCAUGCCUGUAAUCCUAGCACUUUGGGAGGCCAGGGCUGAUCAACUGAGGUCAAGAGUUCAAGACCAGUCUGGCCAACUGGUGAAACUGUCUCUACUAAAAAUAGAAAAAUCAGCCAGGUGUGGCGGUGAGUGCCUGUAAUCGCAGCUACCGGCGAGACUGAGGCAGGAGAAUCACUGGAACCUGGGAGGCGGAGGCUGCAGUGAGCCGAGAUGGCGCCACUGCACUCCAGCCUGGGUGACAGAGCGAGACUCCCACCCCAGGCCUAAGUUUUUCCCUCUUUAUGAGAGACUGCUUGAAAAAGCCUGUACUCUCACUCUUCCCUCUUCCUUACUUCAUUCCCACACAUUUCUUUUUCAUCCCUGCUCACCAAGGUCACUGUGGUACUAAACCCCAAGGAUCCAAGGUCUCUUCCCGUUUGUGUCACAGGCUGUCCUCUGCUUCUUAUUCUCACCCUUUAGCUGCUCUUCCACUAACUCUUCUCUCAGAGGUUGGGAUUCUGGAUCUGUCUCUGUGGACCCUCAGCUCUCCUCCAAUCCCAAGUCCCUUGCAUCCUGGUCGCAUGUUAGGAUUGUCCAGAGAUGCCUGCCUCCCACUGCCCACACCUAGGCUAGGGGCCCACUCCUUUCCUCUGACCCUCCAGCGUUCUCCAGGCCCAUGGAUCUACGGCAGUUCCUGCUGGCCCUUCAUUUUGUUCCUUAUGCUGCACCCCUCGUCCUUCACCUGGGCCACCUGCUCAGGGUUUAUGCCCCUCUGUGCUCCUGCAGCACCUGAGUGUUUCUUCACCACUGAACCUCUGCUUUCCCACCUGAGUACGCGCAGCCCAUGGCUCCAGCUCCUGAGGACUGGAGCUCCAUGGUGAACAGAUGGCUUUCUAUCUUCUAAUGAGAGGGAUACAAGAGUUCCAUAGUUGGCCGGGCGUGGUGGCUCACACCUGUAAUCCAAGCACUUUGGAGACCAAGGCAGGCAAAUCACCUGAGGUCAGGAGUUCGAGACCAGCCUGACCAACAUGGUGAAACCCCGUCUUAAAAAAAAAGUAAGAGUUCCAGAGUUGAUAGUCUGAAAAGGACAUCAGACAUUUCUACAAAGCUAUGUAUGUUGCCAGAAAAAUAAGGGAGCAGAGCUUUCUUUCCCCAGGAAGCUUAGCUCUGGUUUAGAUUUUUCAGGAAAAACUGGAAUCAAAUUACAGAAUAAAGGCACCCAUUCCCUUUUUAAAUGAACACCAGCUUUGGUGUGGCUUUGAAUAAAGCAUUCUGUAAACCCAAACCAGAACUAAACUAGUACAUUGAACUUAGAUUCAUUUUCACUAAACCACAAAGCAAAUGUUUUCCUAAAAAUUGUCCGGUUAACAAAGUGUGUAUUUAAACCAAAACAGUUUAACUGAACAUUAUGGUCCACACAUUCGUUUUCGGGUCCCUGCUAAGUCACUCUGGAAAUUCACAGGUGUGCCCAUCUGCCUCGGCAGCAGAAGUCCAGGUGUCCAGAGCUGACUGAUGACUAGUAUACCUCCCCUCCCCGAUCUUCGUCACAGGAUUUGAUUCACCUGCUCUCCUAAUGACUGGCCACCAGGAUGCCAAGCCUGACCCUGGCUCUCCCAUUUGCUGUUCAGCCCAAGUGUGGAGAUUGGCUAUUAACCCUGUAAACAGGCCUCUGACCCCUAGAGGCUGAGGGCUGGCGGGGGAAAGCUGAGCUGCUGACGCAGAUUGGGAGGCGGGAGCCCACUUUCAGUGGCCCAGGCUAGCUGUGUCCAAAUCCACAAGUGGGGAGGGGUUAAAGCCUUGAGGGACAAAAUUAUUCUACCCACAGCUGAUGGCCCUAGGGAGGCUGCACUGUCCCAACAGCUGGGCCCCAUCUCGAGCCCGCUUCUUGGCGGGAAGGAAAGCCACUCCUGGGUAGGUACUGCCCCACCCAAACCCAGCCAUCUGGAGUGACCCAGCCAGCGCUGGUUCCCAGGUGUGUGGAUGUGAAUUGUCCCACCCAACACGUUCUACAAUGAGCAAACAGAAGCUCUCAAGGAGAGUGGUCAAAGCCUCCUCUUUACCUCUAAACAGCCUGCCAGGCUCCCUACUCUUAGGUGUCCACCAGGGAAAGCCCUGAGCUGGGAGUCUGGAAACCCCCAGGCAUUUCCCCCACCCAGGAUACAGCUCUCUUUUGGGGUCAGGGAGGGCUGUGUGGGCUUUCUAGGCCUCAAGAUCAGGAGCUUGAAGAUGCAGCCUAGGAAGUGGAAAGAUGAGACCAGGACAUAGGCCAGCCUGGAGCAGGAGUCCCCGGCCUGGAGGCUCCUGGGAAGCUCUUCCUCGCCUGGAUCGAGCUCCAUCCUGGGUGCAUGAGCAGCCUGCCAUGGCCAGCUCCAGGCAAGGCCUCCUCCUGCUCCUGGUGCUGUUGACUGCGCAUACUGGACCCUCAGAGGCUCAGCACUGGUCCCAUGGCUGGUACCCUGGAGGAAAGCGAGCCCUCAGCUCAGCCCAGGAUCCCCAGAAUGCCCUUAGGCCCCCAGCAGGCAGCCCAGCCCAGUCUGCCCAUGGCCUCUCAAGUGAUGCCCUGGCUCUCCUGGAAGACAGCAUGCCCUGGGAGGGCAGGAACACAGCCUGGUGGUCCCUUCGCCAGAAGCAACACCUGGCACAGACACUACUGACAGCAGCCCGAGAGCCCCGCCCCGCCCCGCCGUCCUCCAAUAAAGUGUGAAGUCUCCGAA